UAACAAUUAUCCAUGGACAUGCACCGCUCCAUCCAACUCAAUUCCCUUCCUUAAUGCGCACUCCAUCCCUCCGAUAUCAACCCAGCCCAGCUCGAUCGAAGCGCCAGCGGCAUGCGAUGAGGGCCGGAGACAGCAGGAUGGAGGCCGACCACCACCACCACCGCCACCACGUGAACCAGAGGGCGGCUGAGGCGGGCGCGGGUCAUCAUCACCGCCAUGGGAGGAACGACAGGCGGCGGUACCCGGAGGACGACAGGCAGCGGAGCUCGCCGUUGGUGUGGAUGGCGGUGAUCCUGUGCACGCUGCUGGCCAUCGGCAUCAUCGUGGUGGGCGCCGCGGUGUUCGCCGUCUACCUCAUCUACAAGCCCCACAUGCCGUACAUGGUGGUGACCAACGCGUACCUCCAGCAGCUGGACUACAGCCCCGCCGACGGCGUCAUCCGCGACAUCCAGGUCAGGGCCGACGUGCUGGCCAGGAACACCAACUCCAAGGUCAACGCCUCCUUCUCCAGCUUCAACAUCGACGUCAAGUUCCACGGCACCACCCUGCUGCAGCUGCGGGCCGAGACCUUCAGCGUCGCCCGGGAGAGCUCCGUGACGCUGCCCUACAGCGGGGCGUCGCGCGGGGCGAAGCUGGACCUCGCCGGGAUGCGGGCCAUGGAGGAGGCGCUCAGGUCCAGGGUGGUGCCCAUCACCCUGUCCGGCAAGGCGCGCACCCGGUGGAGGAUGGGCAUCUUCCUCAAGGUCGCCUUCUGGACGCGCCUCAACUGCCCCCUCAGCUUCAGCUACCCCCCCGGCAGCGUCAUGGCCAUCGACCACGACACCUGCCGCUCCAGGUCGCCGUAGCACACUGCUCCUCCUCGGGCUCUGCUUCGCCCUCCUCCUCUGCUCCGCCCUGCUCUGCUCUGCUUAGCCCGCCAAUGGCGUAUCUGCUAUUCAUUAUAGGUUCAUUCGUGGUAGCGACAGGAACGUACAUAUGCAAUUCGUAUACAGGCAUCCCCGCAGAAGAAAAUUACUUAUAAAUGGAAACAAUGCCGGUAGUAGAGUAUGUAAAUAGCCGCCGCUGCGAGGAAAACUAUCUGUAGCCAGGCUAAUUUGUGGUUCUGUACAGUACAUAUAUUGCGUAUGGAACAGUUCAAAGUUCAA